CUAUUCACAAUUAAACAGAUGGAAGCAAUUGAACAAGCCUACCAGGCCUGGCUUGCAAAUCAGUCGGAAAAAACAGUGAUGGUGGAUAAAUUGGAAAUCGAUUUCACUAAUAUGAAACUGAAAAAAAAGAAGGGCGAGGUUGACAUUCGACGGCAGUUCCAAGUUGGUCUGUGGACGCAGUUUAGACAAACACCACAUCAGACUCAGCUGCAUGUAAAACUUAAUCAUUUGCAAGUGGACAAUCAGUUGCCGGCCUGUGUUUUCCCAUGCAUACUUGCCGUUGUUCCACCACCAAAAACUGUUAUCCAGGAAAAUGGUAAUAAAUUUUCUAGUACUUUUACAAAACCAUAUUUGUGA